AUGAAUCGAAUUUGGCGACCAAAAUUCUUUUCCACUCACUUUUCACAUUCUAUUAAUAAUAACAACAAUAAAACUAGAAUACUACUACUACGUAAUCAUUAUGCUACAAACACUCAAAAUGCAGUUCAAAAAGAAGGGUUUAAUUCAGCGGCAUGGAGAAACGCAUUGUUAUUUGUUUUAGCAGGGUUUGCGUGGUAUCACUUUGGUCAAUACAUUACAAAAAAUGGAGAAUACAUUGAAACAUUGAUUACUCCAGAAUCUGAAUAUCGAAGACGUAAUUUAGAACAUUUAUAUUUUGCUGUUGAACAAUCAAAAGACAACACAAGUUCCACCUAUUUAUAG